AUGUUCCGCCGCAAGAAGAACGUCAAGAAGGGUAUUCAGUUCUGCCUGAUGGUCUGUGGCGCCUCAGGAACCGGAAGGACCACAUUCGUCAACACGCUCUGCGGCAAGGACGUACUGCAGCACAAGGAGUCUGACGAUGCGAGCAACGCUCACACUGAGGAUGGCGUCAAGAUUAAGCCCAUCACCGUCGAGCUGGAGCUGGACGAGGAAGGCACUCGCAUCUCGUUGACCAUUGUCGAUACCCCCGGCUUCGGAGACCAAAUCGACAACGAGGCCAGCUUUUCAGAGAUUGUCGGAUACCUCGAGAGGCAAUACGAUGACAUCCUCGCCGAGGAGUCUCGUAUCAAGCGUAACCCGCGCUUCAGGGACAACCGUGUGCACGCUACGCUGUACUUCAUCACUCCCACCGGUCAUGGUCUCCGUGAGCUCGACAUUGAGCUCAUGAAGCGUCUUGCACCCCGUGUCAACGUCAUCCCCGUUAUUGGCCGCGCCGAUACCCUUACGCCCGCCGAGCUCGCCGAGUCGAAGAAGCUUGUCAUGGAGGACAUUGAGCACUACCGCAUUCCCGUCUACAACUUCCCCUACGACAUUGAGGAGGAUGACGAGGACACAGUGGAAGAGAACGCUGAGCUCAGGGGCUUGAUGCCCUUCGCCAUUGUGGGUUCGGAGGAUGUUGUAGAGAUUGGCGGUCGCAAGGUCCGCGCUCGUCAGUACCCCUGGGGUGUUGUCGAGGUGGACAACCCGCGCCACUCUGACUUCCUGGCGAUCCGCUCGGCGCUUCUCCACAGCCACUUGGCCGAUCUCAAGGAAAUUACCCACGACUUCUUGUACGAGAACUACCGUACCGAGGCUUUGUCCAAGAGUGUCGAUGGUUCCAGCGGAGGGUAUGUUGUGUCUCUGAUAUGCAAGGACUUUGCUGACCCUAAAAGUGUUGAUAGGUCGAUGAACCCCGAGGACCUUGCCUCCCAAUCCGUCCGUCUCAAGGAGGAGCAGCUGCGCAGGGAAGAGGAGAAGCUGCGUGAGAUCGAGCUCAAGGUCCAGCGCGAGAUUAACGAGAAGCGGCAGGAGCUGCUGGCUCGUGAGUCCCAGCUUCGUGAGAUCGAGGCUCGCAUGCAGCGCGAGUCGGCCGCCCAGGCCACGCCCGAACCCGUGGCGGCGAACGGCGAUGCCGAGCACCAGUGA